AUGGCGCAAGACCCUGCUAUGGUUUCUGGUAACGACGCAGCCGCAUUUAGAACGCUCAAGCCUUUCUGCGUGGCGCUUUCUAAGUUGGCGUUUCUUCCACAGCAGUCGUUCGAUGGAGAUUCGAUUGAACUGGCCACAAGUCUCGAAGCGCUGCGGCUACAAUUACAGAAAUGCCGUGAAACACACAAGGUAGUUUCGCCGAAGAUUGCAGACUAUGUGUUUGUCCCUAUAUCGUCCCUUCUGAAGCAGGAUUCGCUGUGUGAGCGAAGCACGGGAGCUGUGCUGGGGGUCAUCGGGGAACUGGUAAAGCUGUGCUGGAGCGAGGCCGGGACGCUUCCCCUUCCACUUGCGCAGCAGCUGUUGACCCUGUGUGCGUUCUUGGCUAGCCCAGAACGCGGCAAUUCGCCUAUCUUGGCCAAGCCUGGGGACUUCAAGUGGAUUGCCGUCGAUACGCUGGGGGCGCUACUCCAGGCCAUAGCGGUCCAGAAGACGGCAGGAGUGUACGACUUCAACGUGACGACGCACUCCUCUCCGGCUCUCGGGCACGCGGUGACCAUUCUGCUGGACGUGCUGCUGCAUGAGGUUGAGGACUCGGCGCUAGAGCUGCGCGUGGUUGAGAUCUUGGGAAUGCUUUACAGAGACAUGAUCGGCGACGGCGAGGUGCUGUCGUACAUUUUACCUGGCAAUGUUUCGACGUUCACCAAGCUCCUGCUGAAGCCAGGCCUGACGGUCAACUACAUGGUUGUCUGUGCUCUACUGGAUCUCUUUGCAGACCUCCUCUGCCUGGUGUAUGGCGAUGCCAGCCUGGGACUAUCGCUGCGACCAAUUGGCAGUCUUCAAGAUGCAUUGGAGAGUGGUAAGCGCGGAGCGCCUGGUGAUGCUCACGGUGCUAUUACAUGGCCCGCAGAUAGACAGGGCCCGCAUAGGAACGAAAGCUGGCUGCGCGGCACAUCAGGCCAGUUAAAGAAGGCCUUGGGUGGUCUGAUACCGAAGCUGUUGAUGCGCAGCAACCAGAAAAUCAACGAGCAUCUGAACCGGUUUGCGCAAACUGUGCUGAAGACAUGCGGGGAUUCCCUGCUGCAAUGCCAAGACGAGCUUAUCAAGGCACUAUUGGGUACGGACGAUGGCGGCGAUCCUACUCUCGAUUUGGUGCGUUUCCGUCCAACGUUGACCAGUCUGCUGGAAAAAGACACAGAGAAGCUGGGAGAAAUGAUUAGACUAGGAUCCAUUAACGAGCUACGAAUAAUGAAAAAUCUUCUGGCAGCUCUAGGUUUAGUACAGAAUCUGGAAUCCGGUUUUCUUACACAUGUCCUCACGAAACUACAUUCAGAAUUAUAUUUGCACUUGCAGCUCGAAGUGCCCUCGAUUAAAAAUACCAAAGUUUUAGAACAAUCUGGCCGACUAAUCGUAACUAGCUUCGACUUAGAGAGUGAGGAUUGCUAUGUGCGGCAACUACUUCGCUACAUUGGUAAAGAUACUGAAAAUGCGAUUGAGGCUCUUGUCCGUGGAAUUGGCGCUCGCUGUAAAACUGAAACGCUAGACGAUAUUGUCGGAUGGCUGCUAUCGUCGCACAGUGAACCCCUACCGUCCGCUCUCGCAAUCUGGCUGUCUUCUCAGCUGCUUCAAGGCUAUAUUUUGCAACCGUCGGUAAAGGACCAAUGUGAAGAAUAUUUAGUAUUUGAUGAAGACUCCGAUAAUACUCCACUGAACUGCACGUAUGCGCUGUUGGAGCAAUGUACACAGUUACUUACCACCUCCACCACCAGCAUCUCUGAAGUGACUAAGGGCACGCUCUCAGGGGCGGAUGAGAUGACCGCUCUGCUCUGCUUGGAUGGAUUCAGGACGGCUAUCAAAGUGAUGCAAGAAGACUUCAGGGAUGAACUUAUAGAAUAUCUGUAUCCAUUGGUGGAUUCGCUUGCAUCAUCAUCCCAGGACAUCCGUUCAAUGGCACAGCUCGCGAUAUUAGAACUGAGCGGUGUACUUUAUGGCGGCUCGGUCAGAACCUUACUAUUGGAUAACACGGACUAUAUGAUAGACUGCAUUUCGCUGAGACUAGAGAACUGCGUCACUGACAGGGUAGCCACGAUACUGGGCGUUCUAUGCAAAAUUGUCGGGUUUGAGAUAGUCGAACAAUUCCAAGACGUCAUAAACCAAAUAUUCAGAAUGCUGGACUACUAUCACGGCUACCAAGAUCUUACUUUGGAGUUCUUUCUACUUUUUGAAGUGAUAGUAGAGGAGAUAAGAAAUAAAUACAUGUCCCAGAAGACAGAUUUGCUACUGCCGUCCUCCACCCAUGCUUCUCGAAGCAAUUUCCAGCCGUGGGGCAAUACAAAUCUCGACCAGAUGUUGUUGCUUUUGACACCACAAAAGGAAUCCGCAGUCGAUUCACCAGAGGACCCCUCACAUGAUCAUUUUUCUGCCUCUCAAUUCUUCAAAGACCGCCUUGAAGCAGACAGCGACGAUGAGGUGGACGAAACGGACGAUGCCCAGGCAGAGCCCCAGGCAGACAUCUGGGAGUCUCCCAUACCGAGAGAACCCUACCGCAUUCUACUCCAAUUUAUAAAUUAUUGCGACCGCCUCCUGACACAUCCCUCCAAACAUGUCCGCAUUCAAAUCCUGAGGCUCCUGCAGAAACUCAUACCGAUGCUGGCCACUCAGUACAACACAAUGCUCCCAAAGAUAGCCCGCGUAUGGGAUCUACUUGUGGAUCUCGCUACAGGCUCGGAUCCCGCCCUGCUCAAAGAGACUUUUGCCGUCCUGACACUUGCUGUUUCACAUAGUGGUGACUUCCUGAACAAGCGGUUUAUAGACUUCUGGGCCAAGCUCCGCCUUGAGUCCUCCCUUUUUGGCCAACAGCGGGCCCGCAAGAUGCACCAGUUUUUGUCCAAACCCCCACUCGAUCUCCAGCACACUUCCUCUCCCCUUCGCGAGGCACAGUUGAGCCUGUGCAGUCUCUUGGUCGCCGGCAUUGCAAACUGCGAGCUGCUGCUUUCAGAGAAAAAGCUUGCCGAUAUGCUCUCAUUCAUAAAAGCAUGCAAUGCAACAGACCACCUAAUACUACAACACAAACUCUCGAUGCACUGUAUUGACAUUCUGUACUCAUUUUCUGCGUAA